AUGACUUUACCUCGGCAAGAUCAAGAAGUGUGUGGUGCCAAGAAAAAAGCUAUCGAAAACGCAGUUUGGAAGCAAGACAAACCAAGACGCAAGAAUGCAACAGCGACAUCAGGUCAAGACCGUCCUGCCCCAAAAAAGAGAACUGACACGUCACCGGCGCCUACUCCAAGUCGGAACUCCAGCUCCACUGGCAAGUCAAACAAGACUCCUGUGGCAUCAAAAAAGCCAUCAACACUGAUACUGGCAGAGCGUCAGCGCGACAUGAGCGACUCGGAUGAUGGUAUCUUGCAGGAAGCUCCACUGAUGGUUGAUAAGCAACUUGAAGAUGUGGCAUGGCCUGAAGAUGAAGAUGAGCAGAGUGCUGACUCUGAUGCCAGGGACAAACCAAGUCGGGACAGCUUACUAACCGAUUCAGAUGAUAACGAGAGCAGUGCCACUGACGGCGAGGAUGAAGAUUCGGCUGCGAUGAGGCUUUUCGAUGAGGUCGCGUCGGUCGUCACCAACAAGCAGGUAGCAUCGAAAUCACGUGGCACUUCAAAAGCCGAGUUCAAGGCCCGAGAUCACAAACAAGCGGCAGAGACUCCUACCUGGGCCAAUAUGGACGCCGAAGAUGCAGUUUCGGAGUCCAUUGAAGAUCGCUCGACUGGUGGCGACUCGUCAGAAUUUCAAUCUGACAACGAAGGCACUGCACCGACUCGGAAACUUACCUCUGACGCGAAGACUCGGAGUAUCGCCUCACUCGUUCAAACAGAAAGCGGAAAGGUGAAAUUACUUGAUCAGAACUUAGAGACUCGCAGAUUUCUUCAGUCCGCAAUCAUGGAAGUCAAGUGCCACCUUUUUUUCGCCAAUGGCUAUCCUGAACUGGUCGACAAGAACCAAGUUGUGCUGGAAGCAUUGAUAGUAGUCGCUGAAAAAUGUGGUGUGCAUCCGAUCAAAGAACGUCUUCAAUCGGACGAACGGUAUGCGUCACAACUUGGUAGCUUGUCUCUAACCAUAUGCGAGGUGGAUGCUCGUGUUCCAAUAUUGCGUCGUGAGCUGAAGGAAGACGCAUGUGCGCAUGCCGAUGGUUACUUUCGCCUUGGACACACCGACACUGGGAAAGCUGCAGCGAGAAGGCUAUUGGAAAAGCUUGCAUAUAUAUACGCCCUGAAGUUUGAUAUCAAUAACGAGGCUUCGCCCAUUGGAAAGAAGCCCUACCAGGGUGAACUCUUAAUUUUCUUAAUAUAUCAGCAGCUCUUUCAUAGCUCGAGGUCUGUUGCCAUCAAGUUCGUGGAACGCUUCGUCGAAAUCGCCAACAACAAAGGCCAGCGCCCCGAAGUUCCUAUCCCUUUGCUGGCAUUGGUUGCAACUGCGGUGUACGCAGCACUUCUGUGGAAGUCGCAAGGUUCACCAUCAAAAUUCAACUUUACAGGAAAUUUAUUCAGCGAGACCUACAACUACCAUGUCAGGUUCCUGGAAAAACUAAAGAAGGACGCACCUGCGAAAUUCCACUGUAUGAUGGCCAACAUCUAUGAGGCUGCACAGAAGUUGCGAUACAGCGGCACCGCUGCCAGUGGCCAUGGUGCUGAGCUUGAAGCAUUCGAGUUACUUGACCUCGACAAUAUGGAAGAAGACUGA